AUGGACUCGUAUGUCGAUCUGCUGAACCUCAACUUCAUGUACUCCCUGCGCACAGGGAACCUGUUGACAGACAUGAUGAUUGCGGCCUUGCUGCCACUCGUGUCGAGUGCGAUAGCCUACCUCACGCGUACGUGGUGGCCGCAGCUGGUGAGUCGCGUCCUCUCCUACUUCGCCAACGUUGACAGCACAAGUGCUACCUUCAAGACACUUGAGCACAGCGGUGGGCUCUACUACGGCCAUACCCUGCGAGUGGCACUGUCGACGUAUGUGACGAAGGUGCUGAAGCCUCGCUUCGAUGUGGCAGAGCUGAAGUACAUCUCUGUUCCAGGAAAGUUGCUUCGAGAUGCGGGGAGCUACACCGAAGCCCUGCGUGACUACUGUUUCGUGGACGCCGGCCCGGCCAAGGAGCUCCCCAUGCGUCUCACGACGCACCUUGAGCUGAAGCAGAGCGUCGCCGGAGACAACAACAACAAAAGCGGACGGAGCAAAGGUGAGGGCCGUCAAGGCGAGCCUGGGAAUUCGGUAGCGGCCCAGGAGUCGCUCUUCACCAUCACGCAGUACAAGCAUAGCUUCCCCACAUUCAUGAGGGGGCUCUGCUUGACACGCGCGAACACAACGGAGGCCUCGGAGGCGAGCGAAGCUGUCGCGCAGCUGGAGCGCGAUGCCAACGCCAACGGCGACGCUAUCCAGUCUCUCUUGGAACGCUCGCUGGAACACUACCGCUUCCAGUAUAAAGAAGCCGCGAAGCGCACGGAGCGCUACCUCUAUCAGCCGUUGCUGACGCAGCAGAAACUCGGCUUCGGCGCAUUGGUGUGUAACUGCUACCCGCUGCGCUCUGAGAAGACAUUUCAGUCUCUCUUCUUCCCCGCCAAGCCGCGACUCAUCAAGCUCAUUGAUGACUUUGAAAAGAAAACCGGCAAAUACGCCAUCCCCGGAUACCCGCAGAAGCUGGUGCUGCUGCUCUACGGACCCCCCGGCACCGGCAAAACAAGUCUUGCCAAGGCCGUUGCCGCCUACACUAAGCGGGACCUGUUUGCCAUCUCACUCUCCCGCAUUCGCAACGACGAGGAGCUGAUCAAGUGCAUGUUCAGCGGUCGCUUUAAAGUAAAAGAGAAGCAAAAUGACAGAAACUUCGACAACUGCAGGGGCAGCAACGACUCGAUGGAGGUGCUAGACCCGGCGAAGCUCGUGUACAUCCUCGAGGAUGUGGACGCCACGACAGCCAUUGUCCUCAAGGAUGAGUCGGAGGAGGGAGAAGCUGGAGGAGAGGAGCGGAAGCAACAGAAGAGACGUAGGGCAGAAGCCCCGACAACGCCACCGCUGUCAAGUGACACGAAGAGCAGUGAUAGGGUGACUGGCGAGAACAGCGAUGCCGCUGACGUGGUCUCAUCGGGAAAGGCAAGCACAUCAUCAGAGAAGGCCUUGACGAAGCACGAGAUGGUGAAGGUGACGGCCAAGAACCAAAAAGCUGCUAGUGCCCUCACUAUCGAGGGGCUCACGAAGGCGCUGAACGGCGUGCUGGACUUUCCGCAGCGCAUUGUCAUCAUGACGACAAACCACAUUGAGAAGCUACACCCAUCGUUGCUGCGGCCUGGCGUCGUGACGAUGAAGCUGCACAUGCACAACUUCGAUGCGGCGUGUGCAGUGGCCAUGGUGGAGCACUACUUCUCUCACACAACGCUUCUCCCGGCCCAGCUAGAGGAACUGCGCUCGUUGCUGGAAGCAGCGUCGGUGAGCACAUCCAAGUUGGACUCCACUAUGUCCACCUUUGAUGACAGUGCUAACAGCAGCACUCCCAAUACGAAAGGCCUCAGUCCUGCGGAACUGGAGCUGCGCUGCGCUGAGUGUGAUACGAUAGAGGAAUUGCUGGAGGUGCUCCGCCAGGGUAGCCGUGUGAACAUAUUCUGA